AUCGCAUUCAGUGUAGGGAGAAGCAGGGAGUCACUGUGAGGGGGAACUUUGUUACUAUGAAACUUAGGAAUAUUUGCAAAAUAUUGUAAAAAUUAUCAAAAUCCCUCGUGAAUCAAUAACCUGCCCCUAGGGUUUGAGGUUUUUAGUUUAGUUUGCCCGGAGAGGGCUUCUACACUCACUAUUCUUACACUUUUUUGAAAGAAUGUGUGAGACAGACAGUUAGCCAGCUAGCUAGCUAGCUGAGGGGUGAUACAGGCGGCAGGGGAACAAAAGAUUUUUUUUGCGUCUUGGCCGGUUGUACUGACACCAAGUCCAUGCAGAACGUGUCAUUACCAUCACAAUGCCCGUUUUACUUUUUCUGAUAGAUACGUCCGCUUCAAUGAACCAGCGCACCCAUCUGGGCACUACCUAUCUGGACAUAGCAAAAGGCGCUGUUGAGACUUUUAUGAAGCUCCGAGGGAGAGAUCCUGCGAGCCGAGGGGACCGGUAUAUGUUGGUAAAUUUUGAAGACGUUCCGUUCGGGAUCAAGGCUGGGUGGAAAGAGAGCCAUGCCACUUUCAUGACAGAGCUGAGGAACCUCCAAGCAACUGGACUCACAACUUUUGGCCAAUCCCUGAGAACCUCUUUUGAUUUACUCAAUCUCAAUAGAUUAGUGACUGGGAUAGACAACUAUGGACAGGGAAGGAAUCCCUUUUUCCUCGAACCAGCCAUCAUAAUUGCCAUCACCGACGGCAACAAGCUAACCAGCAGCAGCGGAGUCCAGGAUGAGCUUCAUCUGCCUCUGACCACUCCGCUGCCUGGUAGUGAGCUGACCAAGGAGCCCUUCCGCUGGGACCAGCGUCUGUUUUCUCUGGUGCUGCGGAUCCCAGGCAAUGCCUCCGUGGAGCCCGAGCCCCUCGGCGGUGUCCCACCCGACGAUUCCCCCAUCACCCCAAUGUGUGAGGUCACUGGAGGACGGUCCUAUAGUGUGUUUUCUCAGCGCAUGUUGAACCAGUGCCUGGAGUCUCUGGUGCAGAAGAUUCAGAGUGGAGUUGUUAUAAACUUUGAGAAGACGGGUCCUGAUCCACCUCCGCUAGAGGAUGCUCCAGCUGAGGUGUUGAAGACAGGCCUGCAGCCUUGGCACUGCUGUCACAAGCUGAUUUAUGUACGGCCCAAUCCGAAGACUGGCGUUCCCAUUGGACACUGGCCCAUCCCUGAGGCCUUCUGGCCGGACCAGAACUCCCCCACGCUGCCCCCACGUUCAGCUCACCCCCACGUGCGCUUCUCCUGUCUCGACUCUGAGCCCAUGGUGAUAGACAAGGUGCCGUUUGACAAGUACGAGCUGGAGCCUUCGCCGCUCACGCAGUUCAUUUUGGAGAGGAAGUCCCCACACAUCUGCUGGCAGGUGUUUGUGUGCAACAGUGCCAAGUACAGCGACCUGGGCCAACCCUUUGGCUACCUAAAGGCCAGCACGGCUCUGAACUGCGUCAACCUGUUUGUGAUGCCCUACAACUACCCCGUACUUCUGCCCCUCCUGGAUGACUUGAACAAAGUGCACAAGUUCAAGCCGACCCUCAAAUGGCGGCAGUCCUUUGAAAACUACCUGAAGACUAUGCCUCCCUAUUAUUAUGGGUCUCUGAGGAAAGCUCUGAGAAUCAUGGGCGCACCAAACCUGCUGGCGGACAACAUGGAGUAUGGCCUGAGCUACAGCGUGGUCUCGUAUCUGAAGAAGCUCAGCCAACAGUCAAAAAUCGAGUACGACCGCCUGAUUGCUUUAAUUGGUAAGAAGCCGCCACCUGAGGGCGGCAUCAAGGUGCGGUGGAGGGGUGGAGGGAUAUCUCUAGCCCAGCGCAGGGACUUCAUCCAGCAGCUGCAGAGUCUCACAGGGGAUGGUCCAACGUUGCCCAUGGAGCUGAACCCCAAAGAGUUUCAAGGUUUUCAUCUGGCACUGCUUAACAAGGGCCUGAAACCUCAGAGCUUCAGAAAUCCGUACGACAUCCCUCGCAGCCACCUGCUUGACCAGCUCAGCCGGAUGAGGAGGAACCUGCUCAACACGGGCGUCUGCACCCUCAGAGGGCAGGACUCCGACCAGCUCCACAGCGUGCCUAUUGCCCAGAUGGGGAACUAUCAGGACUUCCUCAAAGCUGCUCCUCAACCACUUCGAGAUGCAGAUCCUGAGCAGCCAAAACGCCUGCACACGUUUGGCAACCCCUUCAAACUGGACAAGAAGGGCAUGAUGAUUGAUGAGGCAGACGAGUUUGUGACUGGUCCUCAGAACAAGGGUAAGAGACCAGGAGACAACAACAACAUGCAGGGUGGAGGACCUAAGAGACGCCGCUGCAUGUCGCCACUGCUGCGUCUGGGCAGGGCCUACACUCCUCCAGUAUCUCCACCUGCCAGCCCCCGACCCUCAGACCUGGACAUGAACAACGGGACACCUGAACCAGACCUAAUCAUCAACCACCUGAACCAAAAUCACUACAACUCAGACACGAGCUCGGACUCAGAGUCCGAGCUUCUUUCGGGUCCCGUCGACAACCAUGACAGCUACGCAGGCUCGGAACCCGAGGACCUCCGGCACAGGGACGAGGAGGAGAACGGGCAGCCCCGGGCGGGCGAGCUGCCCCUGGGGAGCGAGGCAGGAGCUGAGGUGGUUCUGGUGGAGGACCAGCCCCCUCGAUACCUGUCACCAGCAGCUCUGAAGAAGCACAUCCACACCGAGACCGCGAAGGUCAACAAUGAGCUAAGAGCGCUCAUUACCAAGGAGAUCAGGAAACCUGGCAGACAUUAUGAGAAGAUCUUCCUGCUCCUGAAGCAGAUCCAGGGCACUCUGGACACGCGGCUCAUCUUCCUCCAAAACAUCAUCAAAGAGGCGGCCAGGUUCAAGAAGCGCGUUCUCAUUGAUCAGCUGGAGACUUUCCUGGAAGAGAUCCACAAUAGAUCGGUUAAUAUGAACCACGUGGACGCGCUCUGAGAACGGUUCAUCCCCAAAUGAACUGACGAUGAACCCAGACCGUCCUCCGCGUCCUUCAUAAGGCCCGUCUGCCGCACCGGGACCCCUGCAGAGACGAGAAAAGGCAGCACCAUCUCACACAUCAUCUCUCCGGUGGACCACCUUCAUCUUAUCGUCAUUAGUGACGAUCGUGUGGAUUCACACACAGUAGAAGCUAAUGGCAGUGGGAGUCCAUAAAGGGGCGGUGAGGACGGGCUGUUUUGCUGCAGGAUUUGCCUAUGCAAUGAAAGGUGGGAGCUGAAGACAGUUGUUAUUUUAUUAUUUCUUUCCAAGGUUGUUUUCAGAUGUGUGGAACUGUUCUGAAUGGUUCUAAUCCAUCAUUCUCCUCCCCGGCUGGACGCAAACGAGGGUGGACAACCUCUCAAACAGGGAGACGGGCUGAAAGAGGGAGUGUGGGACAUUUUCGCAGCAACGCCGAUGGCGGUCUGCAUCCGGCUGCGAUGUUCAGUCUGUGACGAUGCGUGAAGGGUUCAGGUGGCGCUCGCGUGUGCGCUUUCAGCCAACUCAGGGUCAAACCGGAAACAGCGGAGGCACUUGUGAAACACUUUUCGCCCCUUGUGCGCUUUCAUUCAGUCACUUAUAGUAGUCUUUUUUGAUGGGAGAAUGAGGAUUUAUCAGUUUUCUUUGAACACUCCAUUAACUGAAGCGCUCCACGGCUGUUUGGUUGAUUGCUCCACUUUGUCACCUUGUUUUUUUUACCGACAUGACUAACAAUUGACUGGUAACGUAGGAAUGGACAGCUUUGUUUACUCCAAGGGAGGAAUGAUCAACUUAUGUUUUGUCUGGAGUUGGGAACUGUAGAGCAGCACACAGGUGAAAUCCUCUUGAAUGAUGCAACGUCAUUGGUUCCAAAUGUUGUAAUACAGGGACAAAAGCUCAGGAACUGAUACUAAUACAUCAUAGUCAGCAAUAACGUUGGAGCUGCUUUUCCCCCAUCUUUCUCCUUAUUUGAGCCUGGAGCAGCUGAUGUGCAGCAUGAGCUGUUGUCUCUGGAGCGUAGAUGUCCCAUGAACGCUGUGGACGCUGCCAAAUGACUCAACCCCCCCCCCCCAACUCUCCACCGUGAAUCUUAAACCAGCUUCUUGUCACUUAACCGUGAAUGCACUUGUGUAAAUUUGAGAAUGUUUAUUUAAUGUAAUUUAAAAGGAAAUGUUUGUCGCAUUUUUUUUUUGGUCAAGACUGUUUAAGUUUUUCAAAUGUACAAAAAUAAUCUGAAUUAAGGCGUCGAGGCAAAGAGUUGAUUUCUGAUUCAGGGGAUAACCCUCUUCUGUUCCCUCCCUCGUUGGACAGGGACCAAAAUCUGCCAUACUUGUCUUUGUUUGUGAAGAGGCCGCUACCAAAAGAGUAUUUUGAAUACACUGUAAACAUGUAAAUAACCCUAGAGUACUAUUUAAAGAGAAUGUUCAGUGGAAAAUGGCCUUUUUGUAAGUAUUUCCAUUAAUAAAGUUUCUAUUUUACACUGUGAAGGGCCAUGUAAAUAAAGUGUUCUGUAAA